ACACGACUACUGGCUGCUGGCGGGCAUCGUUACCCACGGGUACGGUCGUUGGCAGGACAUACAGAACGACGUCAGGUUUGCCAUCAUUAACGAGCCGUUCAAGAUGGACGUCGGCAAAGGGAACUUUCUGGAAAUUAAGAAUAAAUUCCUGGCGAGAAGAUUUAAGCUGCUGGAACAGGCUCUGGUGAUUGAGGAGCAGUUAAGAAGAGCAGCCUUCCUCAACCUGCAACAGGAUCCACAUCACCCGGCCUGCGCUCUCAAUGCCCGGUUUGCCGAGGUCGAAUGUCUGGCCGAGUCACACCAGCACCUGAGCAAGGAAUCCCUCGCUGGGAAUAAACCUGCCAAUGCUGUACUAAAUAAGGUAUUAAACCAGCUGGAGGAACUUCUGUCCGACAUGAAGUCCGACGUGACGCGGCUGCCAGCGUCUCUCGCCCGCAUACCCCCAGUGGCCCAGAGGCUACAGAUGUCCGAGCGAUCCAUUCUCUCCCGCCUGGCCUCCGGAGCUGGUCAAGAGACGACCCCGUUCCCAGUGGGCUACUCGCCGGCCGGUCAACUACAGACUCUCGGAAACGCAAACUUUGCCAACUUCCGACCCCAGUACUCCCUCCCCGGCGCUGCCACCGCCCCAGGUGUGCCAAGCGCUCAGGUGAGUUUAGCGAGCCUCAGCGCCAGUCUACACAUGCUGGCGGCCUCCAACCCACUCCUGGAUGUGGGUUUACAGCAGCAGCAGCAGCCGCCCACAACCCAUGGCGGCACCAUCUCGGCAGCCACCAGGGCAUCGCUCCUUCUGCAUCAGCAACAGCAACUCCAGCAGCAAGCAUCAGAUGCAAAAAGCCUAAUUUACUUGGAUUAAAACUUGAUUCAGAUGUCUUACUUGGAUUAAAACUUGAUCCGGUCUCUUAUUUACCUGGAUUAAAACUUGAUCCAGUUUCUUACCUGGAUUAAGACUUGAUCCAGUGUCUUACUUACCUGGAUUAAGACUUGAUCCAGUGUUUAAUUUACCUGGAUUAAGCCUUUAUUAAGACAUCAUCUACCUGGAUUAAGACUUGAUCCAGUGUUUAAUUUACCUGGAUUAAGCCUUUAUUAAGACGUCAUCUACCUGGAUUAAGACUUGAUCCAGUGUUUAAUUUACCUGGAUUAAGCCUUUAUUAAGACGUCAUCUACCUGGAUUAAGACUUGAUCCAGUGUUUAAUUUACCUGGAUUAAGCCUUUAUUAAGACGUCAUCUACCUGGAUUAAGACUUGAUCCAGUGUCACUUACCUGGAUUAAGCCUUUAUUAAGACGUCAU